AUGGACUUCUCAAAGUCAGCAGUCCGCUGCUACGACAGGGCACUAAGUUCUUUCAUCUUGUGGACAGACGGAUAUGAAGUUCGCAAAGGCGGUCUCGAUCAGGUGGUGGCAGACUCAUGGACUCUCCGACGAUUGAUACUGGGAUUUUUAAGCGAUAUCAGCCGCAGCCUGGCAGAGGGGUUCGUGCCAACUUUGGGUCUCAGUGACGAGUACAGCGCCCAGGUAUCGAGCCUCAGAACCGCAUAUUAUGAGGCAGAAGCAUUGUUCCAAGAGGGCUAUCAAUGCGGUUCAAAUUGGGCUGAUCCAGAUUCAACUUCUGAUGCCGGGUCCGACAGAAGCGAUGAUUCGAGCCAAGGGUCCAUGAUAUCGGAUUCUAGGGAUUUUGAUGAGCUUUUAGCGGACCUGAAAACUGACAUCCAAUGUCUGCAUGAUCUAGGCCCCCUUAUCGAGUCACCAUUCGUUGAACAGCCAAAGCAGCCCGAAGAUACUACUCCAGUGUCCCUCCAGAUAAUAUGGGAGGCAUACCAACCCUACGGGGACCGCAUCCUGCAACGCUUCCCUCAGGCGCAAACCAGCCUGGUUGAGAGACUGGCCAGGGCCAAUCUGGACCGCUUCCGGAAGAUUCAAGAGGAGAAGAGGGAAAAUCUCAUCAAGCAGCAGCAACAUGACGAGGCAGCCAGUCGCAUUUCCGGCAGCGUACGGUAUCGCGAUUCAGCCCUUGGGACUUCUCUGGCAACCGGUAGUAUCUACGCAGAGACGGUUAUGGCCUAUGGUCAGAGCGAGGAUCUCGCCGUUCGUGUACCGCCGCUUCCUGAGGGGGCUAAGUCUGGUGUGCCGUUCGAGUGCCUAGCUUGCGGUCGCAGUGUUUCGAUAAAGAACAACUCUGCGUGGAAGAAACAUCUUUGGCGAGACCUCCGACCUUGGAUUUGUCACGAUAGCACGUGCGACUUAGGCAACGAGCCUUUCACUUCUCGCGAAGACUGGAUUGAACACCUCGAAUUUGAUCAUAACUUUCAACUUGCGUGGGGUUGUUUCGAAUGUCCCCUCUGCCACGAAGAGACUGGCGAGGGAAAGACUGCCAUAAUCCAUCACUUGGCUAGCCACAUGGAAGAAAUCUCACUCGCGGCUCUCCCUAGUGGAUACGAUUCCGACAAUGAUCUUGAAGAGAGCGAUGAUGAGGAUAAGAACGAAGACGAGGACGAUGAAAAGGAUGGGGAUAUCAAUGGCGAGAUUGUUCAGGGGGGAGUUUCCGAAGGCUCGCAAGUUCUGGAUUCUCUACUGGCAGAUGCAUCCUCUCCUCGCAACCUAACUGAUGAGCAAUCCGUUGAGUAUUGGCUGUUUGUCUCCGCUCGUUUCCAGCCGACCCCGCCGACAGGAUCGCAAAGCGCCACGACAUGUACAGGCUUGCAGUUCUUCACGAAGACGGGUUGUAACAUUGUCCGUGGGAAGGUCAGCCGAGCUGCAACCACCAACCAGAAAAGUCGAAAGCAGCCUACGACAUAUUUGUGGACUGUCAUUUGA